AGAUGCUUUUUAAGUCGUCUUUUUAGUUCGGAAGCCAAGAAACAUUUCAGUGAGAACAUGUGGAUUCCUGUGGUACAAGUAUGGAGGUGGUUCUGCACUAUCGACCGUGGCAGAAGGAUCCCACCAUAUUGCGAAAAAUCGCAGAAGAGGCACUGAAAGAAUUUCCUGUUCGGCAACCGCCAAGCUUCAGACCCUGGUUUCCAAAUCACUCAUGCAAGUUUCCCUUUAAACCUAAAAGAAGACCUCCGAUUAUUUCAGCUGAAGAAGCAGAACAAGUGAGACCACACCUUGCAAUCCCAGGAGUUUGUGGCUCUCUGAGUUACAACUGUACAGAAGGUCUUCAGGAAUUUCAUUCUGAUUUAAAAGCUGGACAGCGUGUACAGGCAGAGUUUGGCAAAAUUAAUGUAAGCAAUUUGGAGAAGCAGUCGACAAAUGGCGGACUGAAACUGAGGAGAUCUUGGAGUGUGUCUGUUCCCAGCUUCGACCUUAAAGACAAGAUACUGCCUCUGUCUAGAGAACUGCAGAGCGUUUUAGAAAGCUUAAAGCUCCAUGCAUUCUAUAGAGCAAGAUGGAUAAUCGAACCAUGCACUUUUAAUAAUCAAACAUUGGAAGACAUUUGGGUACAGCUCAACAGGAUGAUCAAACGCAAUGAACUACCGUCUUGUAAUGCUACCAUCCAGAGAUGUGAAGAACAGAUUUGGGUUUUCUGUGACAUACUGUAUUGUGAAUACGUUGGCAAUCACCUUAGAAAAAAAUUAAGCCUUGGGGGCAUUAUGAACUUGUUUGUUCACGGACAUGGAGUCAUAUAUAGUUUAUAA